AUGAUCAUCACGCCAGUUACCACCAAAAUUGUACAAGUGCCUCAUCUAGGUGGCAUUGACGCUAGCACGUACAUGCCUCGCCCCUAUGAUUCCUCGAAGCCUACCCUCGUACUCUGCAACUCCUUCGGCACAGGCGCAGACCUGUACAGACAUCAGUACCAAAACGAAGAACUCAAUAAAUUGGUCAACUUGCUGGCAAUUGAAUUGCUAGGUCAUGGCCAGACCAGAGCAAAGAUUGAAAACUUCACAUAUUGGGACAGUGCGAUUAUGAACUUGCAGGUUUUGGAUAAACUGGAGAUCAAAGGCAAGAUUUUCGUAUUGGGUACUAGUCAAGGUGGAUGGCAGACGGUGAGAAUGGCAUUGUUGGCACCUGAAAGGGUAGGUCACUUCAAAAAUACUCAAGAACGAUCAAAGUUAUUGAUGGUAAACUGCACANNGGUCGCUGGUAUAAUACCUCUCGGCACAUCGAUGGACACAGAAAACGAACGAACAGUAAAUCUCGGCUGCUGGGAUGCAAAACAAAGCCUCACUCCCAUAAUCGACGGCUGGACAACCAACGAAAGUACACCAGACUUUGUCCCUCCAGAAGAGUUCUGCCAUUUCAUGAACGCUUCUGGAUUUGGCAAGGACAUCCCGGUCGAAGAUGGAGAGUUCUGGGUCAAGGCUAUUCAAAAAAACUGGGGUGGUGAUGAUGGUCGCAGACGCGCCAGAAUGUGCGCUACCAACUUGCGCGACCGAGAUGGUCUGUAUGGAAGAUUGUUUGAUGUGCGGGUCCCGGUGUUGUGGCUGCAUGGAGAUCAGGAUGUGGUGUACAGUGUGGCCAAUGCUGAGGAGGAGAUUAAGCUCUUCGUCAACAGCCCUGAUGCAACGCUACAAGUCAUCGAAGGCGGACCUCAUUAUCUGAACUACACCAAAGCUAAAGAGGUGGAUGCUGCGGUGGUGAGUUUCUUGGCCAAGCACGUCAAGCAGGCCAAGCUGUAG